UGUCGUUGUCGGGUUCAGUCUCGUUUUGCCUGUGUGUGUGUGUUUGGGGUGAGCGUUUUGUGAAUGCAACGAUGAUCAUCUGGUUUAUCAUUGGCGCGGUCGGCGUCUUCCAGGUCCCGCUUCUUGUGGAUAUUCUCGACAACAUGCUACCGUCGCGGCGCAUUGGUCGCAUGACGCACGCCGUGUUCAACAUGCUGCUGUUUGCGCUCGUGCUGUGGAUCCACCUGGUCGCCCUGUGGAGCUUUUUCGUCAUCUUCCUGCCGUUCCACCUCGAUGCUCGUGCAGGCAAGCAUCUGCCCACAUCAUCAUCCUCAGCAGCAGAAGCACAAGACGGCGGCGGCGCUGGUCAAGCCGAUCCGAGCCAGCAAGCCAAUCUGAGCCAGCAGAGCGUUGUCGACUGGCUCUCAGACUGGUACGCGCUCGGCCAUAUUGCGGUGGCGCUCUUCACAUGGAUUAAUUCAGUCGCAAACUACACGCUGGCGGUAUUCACGUCUCCUGUCACGGGCGAGUGGGCACUUCCCGUUCCUGCGCUUUCAGCCCCGAACGCUCAAGCCCAUUCUCGUGGAGCUCAUCCAAGCACGACGACGAGUACUGCUCGAAUUCAAAGCUCUGCGCCUGGACUCGUCUCGCAGGCAACUACGGCCUCAGCCGCGUCUCUCUACUGCCGCGUGUGCAACCGGACAAUCCCGUACUUUGACCAUCACUGCCCGUUCACCAUGAACUGCGUUGGUCUGCACAACACCGUCUACUUUGUCUCCUUCUUGGCUUAUGCCACGCUGGGGUUGACGUUCGCCACACACAUGUCAUUCGGCGCCUUCCGGGAGUGCGCAUGGACGGCGGGCGGGUUGCGAAUUGCUGCUUGCCAGGCGGUGGGCGAUCUUUCCUUCGUCUGCCUGCCAUCGAUGCUCGUGGCGUGGUGCACGCUGCUGCUCUUCCUUUGGCAAGCGGCCCUCUUGGCGCUCGACACGUCUGCUCGCGAUUUCCUGCGAAGCAUUCGCAAAUCCCCCGUGCAGUACCUCACACAGGACUUUCUGCCGCGGUUGCGUGAUCGCCUGAAGCUCUGCUUUGGCCGAGGUGCUGCACUGAGCGGCGAGUCCAAGCCUUCGCAUCGAUUCGAGGUGCUGAUUCGGCUUCGAAAGUCGAGUGUGUGGCAUUUCGCCGUCCCGCACGCGUUGCCCGUGCGUCCCGAGAUUGCCGAGAUGACUCUUCACCGAAGAGUAUGAUGGUGAUGAUGCUGAUGAUGAUGGCGGGGGACGGGUUGCUGUUGUAUCGAUUGAUUGAAUCUAAAACAAAAAAGUAUCGUUG